GGUGGAGUUUUCCGCUGCUUUCUCAACUACUCGAAGAUUCACAUGAAGGUCAAGGCUCAGCUCGGAGAAGAUUGCUUCAGGCAGCCCUCCUCGUCCUUCUCUUCCUCCGCCUCCUCCUCAAAGCUUCAGCUGCCCAAGAUGGAGUGUCCUAUCACGUACUCGUUUUAUCCUCAUAUGGGACCUGUGCACUCCGUCGCAUUCUCUCCGCUUCUCCGGAAUCUUUUUGCUUCGUGUGCCGCUGAUGGCAUCAUUCGUGUACACUCCUCCCUGCAGGCUGCGCCGCUCCUCCUCCUCGAGCCCUCCGUCUUGUCCAUCUACUGUGUCGCCUGGUCGCCAAUGAAGCCCCUGGUUCUUGCAGCUGGAGGCAGCGGCGGCCUCGUCUUCCUCUACGACCUCACUGUCGACCCCUCCAACCCUGUGCAGACCAUGCGGGCGUCUCCUCGGGUCGCUCGCGCAGGAGGAGCAGGAGGAGAAGGAUGGGAAGUGGAGUCAGAGGAGAGGGAGGCUGGAAGCAACGUGAACGCGCUUCUCUUCCAGGAAAGCGGGUCUUUGCUGGCUGCUGGCUGCUGGUCGGGAGAAACUCAUGUGUGGCGGCUGAGAAAUGAGUUGUGCGAGCAGGUGCCUGAAGACGGGGAAGCUGCCAAGAAAUUGCUAGGAUGAUGAGACGAGAGCAGAAGAGACCAGGAGGAGUAGGAUGGGGCAAAGGCCAUCUAGAGUAAGUGCUGUAAUCAACUCCACUCCUUCACGCC